UUGUACGAAAGGGAGAAAUAGUGGCGACUCAAAGUACAGAAGGAGGAGAGGCGGGGAAUAGUCGUCUCCAUUCUUUUCUGUCAUCGAUUUUGACGAGUAUUGGUGGAGUUUUUGGACAGAGUAAUAAUCAGAUAGAAGAAGAAGGGGAAGAAGAAUUUGAAAUGGAUCAUAAUAAAGCUGUUGUUCCUCAUAAUUUACCCAGAGGAGGAGAAAUGGGUGGUAAACAGAAAAUUGGACAAGUUGCUGGAAAAACUAGGCGUGUACUCGGAGACAUAGGCAACCUUGUGAUUGUUCCUGCUGUUGAAGGGAAGCCUAAAGCAGCGCAGAUUACUCGUCCUGCUACUAGGAGUUUUUGUGCACAGUUGCUAGCUAAUGCACAAGCUGAGAAGAACAAGAAACCACUUGCAGAAGUCGUCAACAAAGUUGUUCCUACAAAGGUACAAGUUAAGAAGGCAGCAUCAGACAACCUUGCACCUGAAACUGUUAUUGUUAUAAGCCCUGAUAAGGAAGUGAAGCAAAGUCCCUUGAGUGGCAGAAGAAAAACAAAGAAAUCUGAGAAGACUCUCACUUCUACCCUCACUGCAAGAAGCAAGGCUGCUUGUGGACUUGCCAAUAGACCAAAGAUUGACGAUAUCGAUGCUGCGGAUGUUGAUAAUCAUUUGGCUGCUGUGGAGUAUGUUGAGGACAUCUACAACUUCUACAAGCUCACUGAGGACGAAGGUCGAGUGAAUGACUAUAUGGAUUUUCAACCAGAGCUGAAUCAUAAGAUGAGAGCCAUUCUUGUGGACUGGUUAAUAGAAGUUCAUAGGAAGUUUGAGCUAAUGCCUGAAAGUCUUUACCUUACAAUGAACAUACUGGACCGUUUCCUCUCGGUGAAGACGGUUCCCAGGAGGGAACUUCAGUUAGUUGGCAUUAGCUCAAUGCUAAUUGCUUGCAAGUAUGAAGAGAUUUGGGCACCAGAGGUCAAUGAUUUCAUUCAUAUAUCAGACAAUGCAUAUGCCAGAGAUCAGAUACUCCAGAUGGAGAAAGCAAUUCUUGGUAAGCUGGAAUGGUAUCUGACAGUUCCAACACCAUAUGUGUUUCUGGUUAGGUACAUUAAAGCUUCAACACCAAACGAUCAGGAGAUGGAGAACAUGGCUUUCUUCUUUGCUGAACUUGGUCUGAUGAACUAUAAGACCACAAUAACAUGCUGUCCAUCAAUGCUGGCAGCAUCGUCUGUUUACGCUGCUCGUUGUACUCUCAACAAAAGUCCUCUAUGGACUCAAACUCUGCAGCACCAUACUGGAUACUCAGAAGAUCAGUUGAUGGAAAGUGCCAAGGGAUUGGUUAGCUAUCACUUGGGUGCUGCAGAAAAUAAGCUCAAGGCAAUUUACAGGAAGUUUUCGGGUCCAGAUAGAGGUGCUGUUGCCCUCUUCCCACCAGCAAGAAAUCUUUCACCAACUAAUACUAAUACUACUACCUCUUCUUGAGUUGAUUGUUUUUUUAGUUUGGUAGCCAAGGUUGUGUUGAGAUCAUGUUACUGGUGUGAUGAUCUCUCUAGCUUUUUUAGACUAAUGGUUUGAUUUUGGGUUUUGGAGUGUGUGAAACUAUGGUUUUUAUGAUUUUACCUACUAGAUGAAGUCAUGUAAAAAUCCUCACAAUAUGU